GGACAUUUAGUCUGUAGUUUGUGUCUGAGCGGAACUCUGCAGAUCUUUGAAUAUGUCCGUGAAUUAUUCAGAAGGGUUGUCGCCAUAUGAACAUAAAGGGAAAUGUGGAAUGCCAGAGCAAGAUGGUUUCCUUAGUGUCCGUGCACGGUGCAUAUCCAGAGCAGUGCGAGAAAUUUGAUGAUCCAGAUGUGAUCGAAGAGAAAUCUCAUCAAUUGGCAAGCCUGCUCCUUAACAGCAAAUAUACUGUUGUGCAUACAGGGGCUGGCAUCAGCACAUCUGCUGGAAUACCAGAUUUCAGGGGUCCCAAGGGAGUGUGGACCCUGGAGAAGGAAGGUAGGAAACCAGAUGUCAAUGUCACCUUUGAUGGCGCAGUCCCCACUCCCACCCAUCGUGCCUUGAUUGAACUGGAGAGGGCAGGCUUUGUUAAGUAUGUCGUCAGUCAGAACGUGGACGGGCUUCAUCUCAGGUCUGGAUUCCCCAGGGACAGGCUGUCAGAACUUCAUGGCAACAUGUUUGUGGAGCAGUGCGAUAAAUGUGGCAAGCAGUAUGUCCGAGAGACAGCUGUUCCCACAUUGGGCCUCAAGCCAACUGGAGGGCAGUGUACGCAGACAAAGCCCCGGGGAAAAUGCAGAGGCAAGUUACGAGACACAAUUUUAGACUGGGAGGAUGCAUUGCCAGAAGAUGACUUGGAUCGUGCAGAAAAACAAUCCAGGCAAGCUGACCUUGCACUUUGCCUGGGGACAAGCCUUCAGAUUGUACCCAGCGGCAACCUCCCGCUGCUCACCAAGAAAGCCGGAGGAAAGAUCGUCAUUGUCAAUCUCCAACCCACCAAACAUGACAAACAUGCAUAUCUGAGGAUACAUGGAUAUGUCGACAAGGUCAUGUCAAAGGUCAUGGCCCACCUCGGACUGACCAUCCCAGAGUACAGGGGACCUUGCAUCGUCCAGACAUCGUCACGCACUUGUUCAGCAGAAGGUGGUGGUGCAGUAAAGGUGACUGGAGAACCAGAGGAGAACGUGGAAAGGACUCACCAGAGUGUUCACGUAAAGGAGGAAAAUUCAGCCUAUUCGGAACAAAUUUCAGUGAAGGAAGAAAGAGAACUGAAUCUGGGGAAUGCCCAUCAAAAUCUCUCAAACGUUAGUGGUAAUCUACAACGGGGAAAUGAUCGGGAAAUUUGUAAUAAACUUUUGGAAAGUGACGGCGACAGUGCUGCAGAAGCGGAACUGUUUAGAAGCAGAACUGCAGAGACACAGCUUCUGGAGAAUGGGAGACAUUUGAUGGACUCCGGAGAACUGGCUAAUGGUGAUUGUCUAAAGUUGGUCGCAAUUUCAAAAUCGGGGUAUUCAAUACCGGUACAAGGCUUGCAAAGAGCUGACGGCAGGGGACCAGUGAAACAUUUAUCACCAUCUCUCAGUGCCUUGGUCAAAGUUGUUGAAUGUUGUGAAGAUAAUGUGAACACUGACUCUCCUGUGAAGAAAGUGAAGCUGAAGUAGAUGGACUUUUUUGCAAUGAACUCCUGCAAAGACAUUUUUUUUUCUACAAUGUAUGCUUUCCUUUGUUUGCAAUUUGUAGAUCCAUGUAUUGCUAUAGACUCAUUGAAAAAAGACAGAUAGGUUGACCUUGCAUCAUAGCAAAACUAUUUUAUUCCUUUGAUUUUUCCCCCAAGCAAGAGCCGACAAAUAUUCAAAUUAUUUACAGAGAACCCUGUUUGUGUUGCAAUUAUGAAACUCCAAUAUUGCUUGAAGUAAUGAAAAUGCAACUUAUUUUUGCUUUAAAGAUAAAUUCUGCCCGUAUGCAUUUUACAGAAAUUGUGAAAAUAUUAAACAUAACCGUUAAGGGCUACUUUA